GCAGAAGCUCAUGUCUACCGCAGAACUGGCAGAGUACUUCAAGGGAUGGACCGAGAAGUAUCCAAUGGUCUCCAUAGAAGAUCCCUUCGACCAGGACGACUGGGACGGCUACAAGCCGUUCACUGCGGCGAUCGGAGACAAGGUCCAAGUCGUGGGCGAUGAUCUGCUGGUCACCAACCCGAAGCGUAUUGGCAAGGCUGUGGAGGACGGCGACGCCUGCAACGCUUUGCUCCUCAAG